AUGUGGCUUCUGGGCACUGCGCGCGCAAACCUCGUCUUCUUUCCCCGACCCGAAGACGUUCCUGGACUCGGCUAUGCUAUCCUGUCGCACACCUGGGGAGAAGAAGAAGAAACGUUUCAAAAGCCACACCGGUCGUCACCACCAUGGUUCAAUCCACGCGAUCGCCUCACUCCAAAAGUUCGAUCAUUCCUUGAGCUCGCCGAACAGCACGGAUACGAGUACGCUUGGGUCGACACGUGCUGUAUCAACAAGGAGAGCAGUUCCGAGCUCUCGGAAGGCAUCAAUUCCAUGUUCCGGUACUACGCCCUCUCCAACAUCUGCUACGUCUACCUCGGCGACGUCGAGUACUCCAACACUUAUCCAGGUAACAUGUGGCGCGCCUUCCGACUCAGUCGCUGGCACUUCCGGGGCUGGACUCUCCAAGAGCUUAUUGCGUCUCGCAUGCUCGUGUUCUAUUCCAAGGAGUGGAUAUGUCUGGGAACCAAGUACGAGCUCGCAAAUCGCCUAGAACAAGCAACCGAGAUUUGUGCGGCGGUCCUUCGCUUUGAUAGCCCGUUUACCGACGCGAGCAUCGCGACGCGCAUAUCAUGGGCGGUGUGUCGGGACACCACGAGGCCGGAAGACGCCGCCUACAGCCUCUUCGGGCUUUUCGGGGUCAACAUGCCGAGCACAGACAUGCCGACGCUCUACGGCGAAGGGCGGCUCGCAUUCUGCCGGCUCCUCAUGGAGAUCUUGAAGACCUCACAGGAUCCUUCGAUUUUCCUUUUGGGAAAACGACUGGAGGUGUAUGCCUUGGAUGACCUCAAAUUAGUGAUCACCCCGGGUACGGCCAACCCUCACGGGUCCCGGGUAUGGGUGUGCUGGGUCCGGGUCCGGGUCACGGCCUCAUGA